CAUAAAAUUUUAUUUUUAUUGAUAGAUUUACACCCUACACAGCAGCAUUGUGGCAUGGACGGUGGCAGCAUAUUCUAAUUCUGAUACUACUAUAUGGAAAAAGCGUGCGAGUGUAAUUACAAAAUUGCCCCAACUAUUUCCGGUGACAUUAAUAGUCAAUUGCUGACCUCUCACCGCGGUCAACUGUCCUCGGCCAUGGAGCUCGCCUCUCUGAAAUUGCAAUCGCAGAGGCUCUUCUUGUCUCAACUGAGGAGUCAAAGUCAAAGAAAGAAAGUGGUGGUGGUCACGGCCAAGAGAAGGUCAAACAUCGAAGGUGUGAGCGACGAGUUGAAUGCCAUCGCUUCUCAGAACUUGGACUUGGCACCCUCUCGCAGAAUGGUCCGUGCUGCUUUCCUACCGGUGCACCAGCACCUCGACCAUUACUUGUUCAAGGCUGCUCCUCCUGGGAUCAGAACUCAAGAGUGGUAUGAAACGAAUUCCAGGGGAUUCGAAAUUUUCUGCAAAAGCUGGAUGCCUCAACCCGCUCUUCCAAUUAAGGCCGUUCUCUGUUUCUGCCAUGGAUAUGGCAGCACUUGCACCUUCUUUUUUGAAGGUCUUGCCAAGAGAAUUGCUGCUUCUGGAUAUGCUGUAUAUGCUAUGGAUUACCCAGGUUUUGGCCUUUCUGAAGGCUUACAUGGUUACAUUCCAAAAUUUGAUGAUCUGGUUGAUGAUGUUAUAGAACAAUACGCAAAAAUCAAAGCAAAGCCUGAGGUUAGACACUUGCCUGGAUUUCUAUUGGGGCAGUCAAUGGGUGGAGCCAUUGCCCUUAAAGUUCAUUUGAAGGAACCAAAUAAUUGGGAUGGGGUAAUCCUUGUAGCACCAAUGUGUAAAAUUGCAGAAGAAAUGUUACCAUCUAAGGCAGUUUUGAAGGCAUUGGAUCUUUUGUCUUAUGUGAUGCCAAAGGCAAAACUGUUCCCAUACAAAGAUUUAUCCGCAUUGACAUUCAGAGAACCAGGCAAGAGAAAAGUGGCCAACUACAAUGUUCUAUCUUAUGAUGAUCCAACAAGACUCAAAACUGGCAUGGAACUCUUAAGUGCCACACAGGAUAUUGAGUCACAACUGCAUAAGGUUUCGGCUCCAUUGUUGAUUCUUCAUGGAUCAGAAGACAAGGUGACAGAUCCAUUGGUCAGCCAAUUUCUUUAUGAGAAAGCUUCUAGUAAGGAUAAGAUUAUGAAGAUUUAUGAAGGAGGUUACCAUGGCAUUUUGGAAGGGGAACCUGAUGACAGAAUUUUUGCUGUCCAUAAUGACAUUAUUUCAUGGCUUGAUUCUAGAUGUUAAGUUAAUUGAGUAGGCAAUUAUUUAUAUAUAUAUACCUUUUAGGAAAAAAGUUAAUUCAGUUGACUUCAUUCUAUUGGCAAUGUAGUAAUAUGGACAAAUUUAUAACUAAUUUUUGUUAUGUUA